AUAAAUUUUGUAGCUCAAAUACGAAAGUUACACUAUGUUAUGUAAAAAAAAGUUAUAAACUAAAAUACGAAAUAUUAUUAUUACAAAACUUUAUAAAAACUUUUUGCAGCAAAAGUUUAGAUUUAAAUGUGGCUAAUAAAUUGUUUAGCAACAAUUUGUUGUGUGGGAUUCUCUUUAUCAUUACGAUUAGAGGUAAAAACAGAAGAUUUUAAUUGUAGUGAAAGAAUUGUUCCUCAGCCAUGUAACUGGAGGUACUUGACAUAUUUCCCAAAUCAAUUUCGAACUGGAUCAUUUGAAAAUGUUGUUGUUUCAGUUUUUGGUUUCUCAUAUUCGGUUGCUGUAAAUAUAACCUUAAAAGAUAGCAGUAACGAAAAAAUAUAUUUAUCAAAGAUAUUUGAUGUAAAACCAGAAAUCUUGAACACUCUUCCAUUGUAUAUUGAUCAUGAUGCACCCUCGAGUUUAAAACUUACCUUAGAGGGUCGUGGUGUGAUUAGAAAUCGAGUUUGGGUGUUUAAGAAUGAAACUAACUAUAUAAGUGUAUCAAAGCUUGGAUUAAAUGUAUUAAUUCAAACAGAUAAACCAGUGUACAAGCCUGGUCAAACAAUUAAGUGUCGUGUUGUAGUGGUCAAUGCUGAGUUGAAACCUCAUAAAGGUAAGCUAAAGGUUGUUAUAGAAAAUCCAUCUGGAACUCGUAUGCAACAGUGGAAUGAUGUGGAACUUAAUGAUGGUUUUGCAUCAUUUGAACUGCCUACAUCAGAAAAGCCUGUUAUGGGUAUAUGGAAAAUAAGAGCUGAAAUAGAUGGUUACUCAGCAACACUUGAAGUUGAAGUGAAAGAGUAUGUGCUUCCACAAUUUCAAGUUACUGUAAAACCACCUGGUUUUAUUUCAAAAGAUAUGGAUGAAAUUAGCACUGAAGUGUGUGCCAAAUACUCUUAUGGAAAAUCUGUAGUAGGUGUGAUGACUGCUCAAGUUUGUCAAAAUAAAGAUUACUUUAAUAAACAAGACUAUUGCUUACAAGUUGUAAAAAAGAUUGAUGGAUGUGCAACAUUCAAGACUUCAAUGCGUUCUUUAGUUAAAAGUUUAACUCAAUGGUAUUACCCAACAAUUAGUUUUAAUGCUCAAGUAAAAGAAGAAGCAACUGGUAUAUCACUAAAUUCAUCAGUGGAAACAGUCUCUGUGGUGAAUAAUCCAAUCAAGUUGACAUUCGAGGGUAGUGAUGUAUUUAAACCAGGGUUUCCAAUAACUGUCAAGCUUUUAGCAAGCUAUAUUGAUAACACACCAGCAGGAUCAAUACUGGUAAAUAUCAGUGCUGGAACAACUGGUUAUUCCUCAUCUGAUUUAUUAAAUGGUGUAUUUGAAGUUAAAGGUGGCUUCUUAAAUGUUGUUCUUCCUGACAUUCCAUUUAAUGCACAAAGUAUCAACUUGUUAGCAAUUUACGAGAGACCUAAAAUUGUUAACUCUGAUGAAAGUGAUUGGGAACGACAGUCAUCUGCUAGUAAAUCAAUUGAUGCAUGGUAUUCACCUUCUCAUAGUUACUUGUUUAUAGAGAAACUCAAAACAGCUGUGAAAAAUGGUACCAUAGCUACAGUUUUAGUACACUAUACUUCAGUUGAUACUGUACCUAAAAAAAGAACAGUUUAUUAUUCACUUGUUUGCACCGGAAACAUUCGAGCAUCUGGAUAUAAGAAUAUAAAGUUUGUUGCUGCUACUUCAACUACUAAAGUACAAUCACAGACAACCACAACAGCCCAACCAACAACUACAACAACUACCACAACGACUAAAAAAAAUGCUGAAUCUUUUUUUAACAAUACAGAUGAAUUAUUGCUUUCUAGGAAAAUAAUAUUACCUGUUUGGGGAACUGAAAAGCCUGUAACUCGGCCACCAUUACCAUUAAAAUACAGUAAGGGAUAUUUUACUAUUUCAUUCCGUGUUACUUCAAAAAUGAUGCCACUUUGUCAUAUGUUGGUAUAUUACUUGUACGGAAAUGAGGUGGUAGCAGAUAAUACUGAUGUUGAAGUUGUUAAUGAAUUUGAAAAUAAGGUAUCAAUUGCAUUCGGUAAUGAGGAAGUUCGUCCUGGAGACAAUGUGAAGCUAACAGUGAAAGGUUUUCCAAAAUCAAGAGUUGCAAUUGCAGCUGUUGAUAAAAGUGUACAUUUCCUUGCUAAGGGUAACGAUAUUAAACCUGAAAAUUUGCUGAAGAUUCGAGAAGGGCUUGAUAUUUAUCCUGGAUAUAUCAAUAAUUAUAAUAGAUGCCCCUGGCGUGAAAGAAAGAAAAAAAGUUUUUUCCCUGGCUUCUUUUCUCAAAAUUUUGUGGAUUCAGAAAAAGCCUUUGUUAAUGUUCGCUUGAUUGUACUUUCUUCAUUGCGCAUUGAUGUUCGUCCCUGUUCCCAGAACUUUUUUUUUCCAAUGGCUUUGACUAAAAAUAUGAAUGUUGAUCUUGUAGCAUCUAGUGUAGAAAGUGUGGCAUCUAAAUCAGAAACCCGUGUAAGAAAAGAAUUCCCUGAAACUUUGCUAUGGACAGAGGAACACCUAUCUGAAAAUGGAACUCAUGUUUUUGAUGUGAAAGUACCUGACACUAUUACAUCAUGGUAUGCUAGUGGAUUUGGAGUUUCAAGUUCAGUCGGUCUUGGUGUUGCAGUACCUUCAGAGUUAAGAGUGUUUCAGUCAUUUUUCGUAUCUCUUGUUUUACCUUAUUCUGUCAUUCAAGGAGAAAUUGUAACUCUUCCUGCUGCAGUUUUUAGUUAUGUAGAUGGAGCAUGUAUUACAGUUCGUGUUACAUUAGGAAGUUCUAACGAUUACAAAAUGAUUUCUGGGCCAAAUUCAAAAGUUUGCUUAUGCGGUGGUCGCACUGCUACUGUUUAUUUUAAAAUACAACCAACUGUCAUUGGCAAAAUAUCAAUUCAAGUAACCGCACAAACAUUGUCUGAAAAUGUCUGUGCUGCUUACGACAAUGUAGACAGGAGUAUCUCAAUGACUGAUAUUUUAGUAAAAAAGCUUCUUGUAGAACCAGAAGGACUUAAACAAGAAUAUACAUUUUCUAAUUUCAUUUGUCCAAACUCUCCUGAAAAAAUAUUCAAGUAUUCUUUCAAUCUCACACUUCCAGCAAAUUUUGUAAAAGGUUCUGUUUACUCAAAAAUAACAGUUGUGGGAGAUAUUAUGGGUUCCAGUUUAGACAAUAUUGAUAACUUACUUGAGAUGCCAAGUGGAUGUGGUGAACAAAAUAUGUUGAAGUUUGCGCCAAACAUUUUUAUUAUGAACUACUUGCGCAAUACAAAACAAGUCAAUGAAGAAAUAAAAAACAAAGCCUUAAACUUCAUGAGGACAGGUUAUCAACGUGAAUUGACAUACAAACGUGCUGACGGAUCAUAUAGUGCAUUUGGAGAAAAUGACAAAGAAGGCAGUACAUGGUUGACAGCAUUUGUACUUAAAUCAUAUGCACAAGCUCGCCCUUGGAUUGAUGUUGAUCAGAAAGAAAUACAAGAUCCUGUAAACUGGUUGCUACAAAAACAAGAUUCUAAUGGUUGUUUUCCAACAAUAGGAACACUACAUCACCAAGCAAUGAAGGGAGGAGUGAAAACUCCUGUUACACUUACAGCUUAUGUAUUAAUAAGUCUGUUAGAAGCUGAUAUUAUAGCUACUCACCCUAAGCUAGUAAACGCUUCAAAAUGUGUUACAGAUUCACUUAGCAACAUCACAGAUUCUUAUUCUCUUUCAAUAAUAGCAUAUAUGUUUGCAAAAAUUGGAGAUUUCAAAACAUACCAGUCUGUAAUAGACACUUUGAAUAAACUUGCAGUUCGUAAAGAUGGUAUGGUUCAUUGGGAGGAAACAAAAGUACAAGAAACCAUAAAAGAACCAUGGUACUAUCAAGCUUCAUCCACAGAUAUUGAGCAAACAUCUUAUGUUUUAUUGGCUAUGUUGACAUUUGGUAAAAGCAGUGUUAUUUCAGAUGUUGUUCCAAUUGUACAAUGGUUGUCAAAGCAACGAAAUAGUUUAGGAGGAUGGUCUUCAACACAAGAUACAGUUCUUGCAAUGCAAGCAUUAUCAGGGUUUGCUGAAUAUAGUUUUGGAGCUUCACAGAACAUGAAUGUUGAUGUUAAAGCAGGAGAAACUUUUAGUCAUACAUUUAAAGUAACAAAGGACAAUAAUCUUGUUUCACAAACUGUUGAGGGUGUUCCUGUUCCUAAUACAGUUGAUGUAGUUGCAUCUGGAGAUGGUUGUUCACUGAUCCAAACAUCUGUACAGUAUAAUGUAAAAGAAGUUACUUUGAAACCUUCAUUCCAACUUACAUCAUCUGUAACACAAGUUAAUGAAGCUAUAACUGCCCAGCAAUCAUGUAAACCACAAAACAUCAAAGUAUGUGCAUAUUAUACAGGUGUUGGUGACUCAAACAUGGCCAUUAUUGAUAUUCAAAUGAUAUCUGGAUUUGAACCAAAUAAAGAAUCACUUGAUAAGGCUCGUAAUGAUAAAGAAUCGAACAUCAAAGACAUUGAAGCAAAGGGGAAGAGUGUUGUAUUUUAUUUUGAAAAGAUAAGCAGCAGUGGUACCUGCAUUAUGUUCCGAGUUGAUCAAACUACAAAAGUGGAAAAAACAAAACCAGCGGCUAUCAAAGUUUACGACUACUACGAUACAGGAAAAUCUGCUACUACCCUUUAUGAAGUGACAGAAGAGCAAUGCCUUUAAUUCAAUGAGAGCAAAUGAUUUGUUGAAUUUUGUUGAGUUAGUUAAAUGAAUUAAAUGUGUAAUAUAUUUAUGCUAUGUAGGUGCGCUGAGCAAAUUAUUAUUGUAAAAUUUGAUGGGAUUAAAAAACAAAAAAAAUGUA